CUGCAGCUCCACUAAAUGUAAUACAAAGUGUAUUUAUUGAAGGAUGCUGAUGAUGGAGAUAGGGUGAACAGAGAAGUUAUGAAAUGUGUUGUGCAACAACUUAAGACAGAUGCUGUAAAAUGAGCUGCAGCUCAUCAGUUAGAUAUCCUCUUCUGUGGCCUUCACAUCAUGAUGCUCACUGUAAAGCUUUGAGCCUGGAGGCAGUAGAACUUGUUACCUCUGUGUUUCCACAAAGCCCCUCCUUGGACAAACCCCUUCAGCCUGAGCGUCACUCAAAGUUCACUUCAGUCCAGUCCCUCUUUCCUGAGCUGAAAUACACACUCACACAUCCGCUGUCAUCCACACAAACAGUCCGCUUCGCUUCCAGCGCUACUUUUCCUCUCCGGAGACGCGCAAGAAGACCUGUUGGAUGUUUUGGAUGAUUUUAUUGUUGCGCGUUGAGUUGACCAAAAAAAAAAAAGUGUGACUUACUUUUUCCACGUUUUUUUUUUUUUCUCCUCGCUCUCUCUGCAGUGACAUCUUUAUUUGUCAACUUUUUUUUGGGACCUUAUUCUCAGUUCAACAAUCUCGUUUAGUUUAUUGGUUAAUUUGCAUAUCAAAUUUUCUCGGGAAACCGUGCUGUUGGAUUAAAAUCAGUAUUUGAUGGGCAAAAAUGAAUAAUUCCGUGAAAUAACUCCAAAGGAUUUCAAGUGAUAAUCCCAGUGUUGCUUCUCCUCUUGUGGAGUGAAGAUGUAUCGGAGCGUGUGUGUGUUGCUGACUCUCCUGGUGCUGACACUCGUGGUGCCCAGGGGCCAGGCCUGUCCCAGGAGCUGCAACUGCUAUCAGGCCAGCGAAGUCCACUGUACCUUUCGUUCCCUGCUCACCGUACCGUCUGGCCUGCCUGUGCACACACGCCGCAUAAACUUAGGGUUCAACAGCAUCAGCAGCAUCCAUGACAGUUCUCUGGCGGGGCUGAAGAAGGUGGAGCUUCUGAUGCUACACAGCAACGACCUCCACCAGCUCCCAGAUGAAGCGUUCAGAGAUAUGAAAUCAUUACAGAUACUAAAGCUGAGUUAUAACAAGCUGAGAGAGAUCUCUUCAUCGCUGACCUUCUCUGGCCUGACCUCACUGCUGCGUCUGUACUUGGAUCACAACCUCCUCCAGCACAUCCACCCCCGGGCGCUGCUCCAGCUGACUAGCCUCAGGCUGCUGCGUCUGCAAGGGAACAGGCUGCAUCAGCUGCACCCUCACACUCUGUGCACACUGUCCCUCCUGAAUACAUAUUACUUCUCUACACUCAGACACCUCGACCUGUCCAACAACAGUCUGACCACUCUGCCCAGAGAAACUUUAGCGACAGCACCUCUGCUGGAGACUCUUGCGCUGCAGGGUAAUCCAUGGAGUUGUGACUGCAGGAUGAACUGGUUUCUCACUUGGAGUCUCGCUCAUCCAGGCUUAAUGAAAUGUCCCGGCGGCCCUCAGUGUCCAAUCUGCGCCUCGCCCAGUUCCCUUCAAGGUCAGGGCGUGCUCGACCGAGCUGACCUAUCGUGCACCUCGCCCGUCAUCCCCUCGCCAGGAAGAGACGCACCUUUGGAUGCAGAACCCAGUGAAAUCCAAUCGAGUGAAUCCUUCAGAGAGCCUUUAGGCACUGCCACUUUGGAUCUGUCUGACCAACAGGGGAACAGCGUCGAACUGGGUUGCAACAUCACUCACUCCUCUGAUUCCCAGGAUAUUGCUCCUCCUCCAGAUCUCUCCCUUUCCUCUUCUUCUCCUCUCCCCCUUGCUCUGUCGCUCUCCCUGGAGUGCCCUGUGGAGAGACAGAGCUAUGAGACACUGUGGAGGAUCCUAGCUUACUACAGCGAGACCGCGGUUCGCCUGGAGAGGGAGAUCAUGCUGAGUAAAGCCCCGGCGUUGGCCUACCGCUACAGGCAGGUGGCGGAGACGGACGGAUAUUAUCACACUGGAGUCAAAGCUUCUGUCAAAGCCAGACCACAAUGGUUGCUACAGCCGGCUAUUAGCAUUCAGCUAAACAGAGCGCAGUCUAACGGACACAAAGUUCAACUUAUAUACUCCACAAGAGUUGCUGCUCAUCCUGACCCUGCUGCCUCAACAUCCUCCCAUGCCUCUCACCCAUGGGUGCUGAUUUCAACUAAUCUUACCACCACAGCACUGGUAGCAGUAGCAGGCAGUAAGGUGGAGCUAUCGUGCCCUGUUUUAAGUUCUGGUAACCUCAAAGUACAGUGGGUUCUCCCAGAUGGAUCCGAGCUCAUCUCUCCCUCCAGCAGCCCAGAUGGUAGGCUACGAGCUUCAACCUCUGGUUUACUUCUACACAACGUGCAGCUCUCAGAUGCAGGGAUCUACUACUGCAUAGCCCAGGCGGGUAGGAAUGUGGAUGUUCUCCCCCAACGCCUGGCGGUGGAGGAGUCCUCUGUGCCGCCUUCAGGAGAGCAAGAGGGACCUCCUGUCACUGGAGACAUCGGGGAGCCCGUUAGUCUGUCCUGCAAGGCAUCUGGUUCACCAGCGCCUCAUAUGAGCUGGGUGUUACCAGAUGGAAACAUAGUACGGCGGGGAUUAGCUGUAUCAGGUGGGCUCACUAUACAAUCAAAUGGGAGUCUCUCUCUGCCUAACCCUUCUCCGAGGGAUGCUGGUCAUUACCGCUGCAUUGCGGUCAACCAAUAUGGCAGUGACUCUCUGUCCGUGCAGCUGGAGUUCAACUCAAGACAUCUCCCUCCACUUAUGACUUCAUAUCCUACAGGGCCACAGUCAGCCGCUGGCCGGUCAACCAGGAUACGAGCUCCGUUACUAGUGGAUGAAGGAUCGGGGGAUGAAGAGGAAGAAGAAGAGGGAACUCUUGUUGGCAAUAGGAGGCGUACAAAACCUCUCCAACCACCUCCAAACAGACGUUAUCCAAUCGGGAAACCCCGAAGACGUGGACCUAUGAGAGAAGGCAGCCCGAGAAGAGGAGGAGGGCCUGUGUCAGCGACUGACCAGAGAAGAAACCGCUUUGAGAACAGACGUAGAGUUACCACAAACAAGCAAAGGAUAGACCCUCAGAAAUGGGCUGACAUACUGGCUAAGAUACGACAAAAGACUGUUAACACGAAUGACAGCCAGCCCAGCGCAGCAGGAGAGCCCACAGCUGGACCGCUGGGAGGAGACACAGGAAGACAUGUGGGACAUGAUGAUGCCGAGAGAGGUAGAGCUGAGGGAGCAGGGGUGGUUGCAGAAACUGAAGGGUCAACUAUUGAUGACGCUGAUCUCCAAGAGGAAGGCCUACAGCUCAUUCACCCUGUUCACACAAAAAUGCAAACACACACAGAGACAAAUGCAGAUACUGAGAUAAAGAAAGGGACAGAGACGUCAACAGAAACACAGACAGAUAUAGAGAAUGAGACAGAGAGAGAAACGGAGACAGCGUCUCCACAGACAGAAACAGCGUCAAACCCAGAGACUCAGAAAGAAGCAGUCACAUCUAAGCCAAUCUCAGGAACAAAUGAAAUAGUCCAAGAACCCGGUGAAGGAGAUGAGCCAGAAGCAAACACUAACCCCACUAGAACCAGUCCUCAGAGCCCCCGGCAGGGUCUCUACCCUAAUUUGGUCCCAAACUCCCGGCCUCAAAGCUCUUGGAACACUCGCAGGAGGAUUGGACAGAGAAGACGAAUCAUCAACAGGACCCGAGGGCGCCCUUUGACCCCACCUCGACCUCUCCCCGACCCUACGAACCCGAGGUCACAAACCGAGACACCUGACACUACCACAGAUCAAGUUAAUAGGUUGUUGCUGGCCUCAACAACCACAUCUCCUGCUAUUUCGUUGACCCGGAGUGACCAUAUUGGGACUGCUCCAAAUGAUGUGACUCUUCUGUCUCCCCCUGUUUCUAACACUGGUACCUCCACUUCGAAAUCCUCCUCCCCCUCAUUGACUCCCUCUGCCUCCUCUCUCGCCUCAUUAUCUCCCUCUCACAUAAAGAUACAUAUAGACACGGUGACUCACUCAGCCAACAUCCCAGACACUACAGAGUCCACUCUCUUCAACACACCGACACCACCAGCACCCACUCACUCGGAUACUGCGAUUGCACAGACACAUGCACAUGACAUACAGACACACACAAAAACACACACUGCCUUAGGCAAACAUGUUGAUAGACCCCCAGGCAAACACAGCGAAGAGCUGGAGAGGAAUUUAUCAGGUGUACCACAUGUGUCCCACACCUCCACCUCUCUCUCGCCCACUCUUUCCUCCAUCGUUUCCUCCACAGUCGCCAGUGCAGAUACAACUACUGCUGCAAAAAUCACAACAACUCCUUCUACUACUCUCACUACAAGUACAUCUACUACUACACUUCCCACAACAUCUACAAGUAUUCCUAUGACAACAAGUCCCAUCAUGUCUACUACAACUACCAUUAUUAUCCCAACAUCUAGCACUACCAGAAGUACUACAACUACUCUUACCUCUACUACUACUACUACCACCACAACUCCUAUUCUUACAUCUACUACCCCCACUACCACUACUACGUCUUCAACUAGCCCUUCUACUACUACUAUUGCUACUAGUACUACAAACUCAUUCAAAGCCAUUCCCACAACUCCGAACCCCACUACUACUACUACUACUACUACUGCUACAACUACUACUCCUACUAGUAGUACUACAAUUGCCAUCCCAGCCAAAACGUCUCCCACUAUUACAACGGCAGCUACACCCAGUACGUCUUCUACUACUACUACUACUACUAAAACUACUACUCCUACUAGUAGUACUACAAUUGCCAUCUCAGUCAAAACGUCUCCAACUACUACAACGGCAGCUACACCCAGUACAUCUUCUACUACUACUACUACUACUAAAACUACUAUUCCUACUAGUAGUACUACAAUUGCCAUCUCAGCCAAAACGUCUCCAACUACUACAACGGCAGCUACACCCAGUACGUCUUCUGCUACUACUACUACAACAAUGACAUCAACAAGUACCACAGCAUCAUCCAGAGAGAGGCUGAGUGUUGUUCAAGUCGAUCCCAGAGGGAGGCCUGUUUCUGGGGGUCCAAACCAGCGUCAACCGUCUACUGACUGGAAGAACCCUGGAACUAAUUCUAUUCCUGAUUCACACAGCAGCAGGCCACAUCGGCCCGCCUCUCCUUCGGUCCCUGCCGCCCCUGGGGCCCCAGUUGUGCGAUCCAGACCGAGGAUUGCAGACCCACACAUCAGGACCGUGUCGUUCCCAGCAGAGAGCACCGUCAGGCUGGCUUGUGAAGCUAAAGGAGAGCCGAAGCCCUCCAUCACAUGGACCAAGGUCGCCACAGGAGCGGUGAUGUCAAUCCACUCCAGGGCUCAGCGUUUUGAGGUCUUGCCAAAUGGCACCCUUGUUAUCCAGAAUGUUCAGCUGCAGGACAGGGGCACAUAUAUCUGCAGUGCACACAGCUUUCUGGGGCGUGACAGAUUACUAACCACACUGGAAGUGUGGACCCGCCCCCCUCGGAUGCAGCUGGCCAGCUACAGAGAAGCUACCAUUCAUCAGGGCGGAGAGGUGCGCUUGGAGUGCCGGGCGGAUGGCGUUCCUAGCCCCCUCAUCUCUUGGGUUCUGCCUGAUCGUUCUGUGCUGACCUCCGCCGCUCCCUCCACCAGUCGCAUCACCAUGGACAAAAAUGGAACCCUCCACAUCUCAGUAACGUUACCGAGUGACAGAGGAGUGUAUCGCUGCGUGGCCUCCAACCCAGCAGGUGCCGCCAGUGCCUCUGCGCGUGUACACGUGUCCUCGUUGCCCCCGGUGAUACAGCAACCCAGAGAGGAACACCUGCUCUUGUCUCCGGGGAGGCCUGUUUAUGCUCACUGCUCUGCCCGAGGUGCCCCGCCACCAACUCUGCGCUGGCGAAUCCCAGAUGGGACUCUAGUUCGCCCAUCCCAGUUUCUCCAUGGCAACCUUUUCGUCUUGCCCAACGGGACGCUGCAUAUUCGAGGAGUUGGGCCUAAGGACUCAGGGAAUUACGAGUGCUCUGCAAGUAAUGCUGUCGGAGCCGAUAAGAGAACAGUGAGGGUGGAAAUCGAAGGAGAGAGGAGACAGGGUGCAGCAAGAAAUGAAGGAGCAUCAUCUCCUUCAUCCUCACUUUAUAAAGACAGAACUUUGUCCAUCCCCAGCCACCCCUCACGUCCAUCCAUCUCUGCUAGACUCUCCCCUCCAUCGGCCUUUGAUAGAGCCAGGACCUUGCCGCUCACCCCGAGUUCUUCCUCUAACUCGCCUCCUAAAAUCAAUAAAACAGUCACUGCCUCCCCCACAUACUUGACCAACAUCGACAAAACAAAACUCUUCCCUCUCUCCCCACCCUCCACACUGCCUACAACUAACACCAAAGUCUCGCCCGGGAUUGCAAACAACCCCAGAGUUACUUCUUCUUCUUCCUCCUCCUCUGACAAAAGCAGAGUUUCUGCUGCUUCGCAUCCCUUGCCCGUCUCCCCCUUCAGUAAAGCCCGUAUUGUCUCUACAUCACCCUCCAUCACUACUGUCCACUAUGGGGAGUUUUUGCAGCUCCACUGCUCUGUAACUGGCAACCCAUCGCCUGUUAUCAUUUGGAGGACCCCCAUCAGGAAACUGGUGGACAUGCACUUCAGUUUUGACCGACGUCUGAAGGUGCACCCUAACGGCACCCUGUCAGUCCAGGCAGUAACAGAGAAGGAUGCCGGAGACUACCUCUGCAUCACACGCAACAAGGUCUCAGAUGAUUAUCGCCUGCUGCGUGUCUCCGUGGCUAUCAAGCCUGCCAAGAUCGAGCCCAAACAGCCGCUCAAUCAGAUGGUGUCAUUUGGCAAGCCGCUGAAGGUGGACUGCCAGGCAUCAGGACUGCCUGACCCAGCUGUCCGUUGGAGCCUACCAGAUGGAACCAUGGUUAACAGCGUGUUGCAGGGGGAAGACAGAGGAGGGCGAGCACGGAGGUUAACGGUGUUUAACAACGGGACGUUACUGGUUCAAGCAGUGGGUAUGGGAGAGGAGGGAGAGUACACAUGUUAUGCUGAGAAUCAAGGAGGUCAAGACACCAUGAAGGUCAAAGUAAAGGUCAUGAUGACAUCUCCACCGACCUUCCCCGAUGACAGAAGCCACCACGUCAUCAAAGUACGUCAGGGGGCGACCGCCACAAUUCGCUGCCAGGCCACAGGAGUUCCCGCCCCGACAGUGACAUGGUUUUCCCCGACACGCCGUGUCAUCCCACGAAGUUCGGGAUCUGGUUUUUAUUCGGAGCGGGUUGUGGCGGUUUCAGAUGGAACUCUGCAGGUGCGUCUGGCUCAAAUGAUCGACAGGGGAAACUACACGUGUCGAGCGAGCAACCCAGCCGGGGAGAGGAGCAUGGUGGUGGGCCUGGAGGUGGAGGCUCCGAACCAUGGACUGGGAGGAAGAGGUUGGAGCACCAGCAGUGGUCACAUCAGUAGAUCAGGGGACAGCAUUAAUAAUGCAGGGAUAAACCAGUAUGGAUUUACCAAUGGAGACACAAGCAAGCUUGGCAGCAACAAUGGCUAUAGUGAUCAUAAUGGAAGGAUAAGAAACUUUGUACCAAACACUGGUGCUAACAUAGCAACAAGUGGCUCUAAUCCUCCCCUUAGGAGUGAUAGUCGAGAUGUACUGAACAGGCCUGUCAGUGGAAUCAGUGUCGGGGUGAGCGUGGCUAGGAAUAUAGGCAUUAAAGCAGACAACAUUGGUAUAAAUGGAAAUGGACCUGGAGUUAUGAGUAGUAGUAAUAGUGUGGGUAACAAUCACAGCACAGUUAGAGGAGAUAGUGUAGAAAGGAAUCCUGGGGCUAAAAAUAAUGAAGUCAAUGUAGAAAAGGCUGGUAAAGAUGCUACCACCAGUGGAGACAAUGGCAGGAUAAGUGGUACUUCUAGUAAUGUUGGAGUUUUUAGCAGCAGCGUGUCUAAUAAUGGAGCUGGUACUAACACAGUGGUGGGUGUGGUAACGUCAGUGAAGCAGCGAGCAGUGAAAGGCCAAACUGUUCUUUUGCCGUGCCCCUCCCAAGGCUCCCCUCCGCCUCGUCUGGCCUGGCUUCUGCCUGGUAAUGGUGUGCUGCCAGCUCCUUACUACGGCAGCCGACUCACUGUGCACCGAAACGGCUCCUUGGAGCUGCGAGGAGUGCGGGUGAGUGAUGGCGGGACCUUGGUGUGUGUGGUUAGAGGUGAGAGAGGACAGACCAGGAUAGAGGUGGAGCUAGAGGUCUCUGAGCCGCAGGAGGAGGCCAGAUCUCCACAUAGAGGACCGGCUGUGGAGAGGCCUGUGCAGGGAAGUCGUUUAAUAGAGGCGCCUCGCUCAGGAGCCUCAUUGGAUUUGGCUCAAUCCUUGAGCUCAAGGCCAGUGUUGCCUGAGAUGCUUCAUCCAAGAAUCCCAGUUACUCAAAAGCCUCUACACAAAGCCCAGUCUUUACCUGCUGCUCCUCGUCCAGUUGGCCCUCCACCCCGCUCGACCAGCCUUGUCUCUGAGCCAGCAGUGAGCACUAGAACAGCUCCCUUGGUGAGCAUCAUUAACGGAGAGACCCUUCGCCUGCCUUGCCCUGCUUCUCACACCAGUGGAUUCACCCAGGGCUCUCUGUCAUGGACCAUGCCCAGUGGCAAGGCACUAUCCCGGGGUAAGAGUGCUGACUCGGGCAAAUACCAAGUCCAAGAGGAUGGAACACUAACAGUGCAACAGGCCUCCGUGUUUGACCGCGGCACUUACACCUGCAGAUCCACCAGUGGCGACUCCUCCUCAGUUUCAGUCAUCACUGUUCCCGUCAUCGUCAUCGCCUACCCCCCGCGCAUCACAACAGGCCCCUCCCCCGUGACCUACACACGCACCGGGGUUGCUGUGGAGCUUCCGUGCUUGACAAUAGCAACACCCCGGGCGACGGUCACCUGGGAAGCACCAGACCUGACACAGCUGAGGGUGAUGGCUCAGGCUCGUAUCUAUGGCAACCGCUACCUUAGCCCUCAGGGCUCCUUGGUGAUACAAAACCCGUCAAGUAGGGAUACGGGAUUUUACAAAUGCACCGCCAAAAAUGUAAUAGGAGUGGACACCAAGGCGACCUACCUGCACGUUAUAUAACGUGUGAAGCAAACGCACACACACACACAUCCAGCUCAAGGACAGAGACACCACCAGUCUUCUGUAGUGGUGAAUGAACUCCUCUGCUGUUAACACUGUAUGUGUCCCACAUGCCCAAAGGAACUGCAAGGCUCCGUGCCGGAGAUACUGUUGAAUCUCAGAAAAGACACUACUAAUAUACAGGUAUAUUUCUCAUGUAUGGAUUUUCUAUGUUUUUUAUAUCAGGAGUUGCGAGAUUCUCUGCGAUUACAGUGACGUCAUGCAUUUUUCUCUGCAUAAACAAAUAAUUAGUGUUUAAGGAAGGUUGCUUCAUGUAGCUGGUGGUACACCCUUAACCUGCUGUGCCUUUUUGUCUGUCUCAGCAGCCAAAAACCCAUUUUAAAGUGAUGAUCGAAGGAGUAAAAUAAAAUGCACCACAUAUUUAAGAUUGCUGCACAACUUAAUGCCCAAAUAUGUACCCGUGAAUUGUUUCAGUGGGAAAAUGGAGCUAACUCUUUUUGUUCCCCUGCCAUGUGUUAAAAUUAAGCUCUGGCCAAUAUGAACAAAAAUUAUAUCUCACUUCAAAAAAAUGUUGUAAAACAGCAAUUUUAAACUUAGGUAUUGCUGAACCAAACAUAGAACAUGUGAAAGACAAGCAUACUUUACUUGGCCUGAUUGCUUUAUUUCAUUACUUUACUCUGAACUACAGUAUAACCAACGCGUUUCAACCCAUUUUGUCACAUACUGCCGCUUUGUCACACCCCUUGGCAUCACUUUAGGUUUAGGCAACAAAACCACUUAGUUAGGUUUAGGAAAAAACAACAUGGUUGGGCU